AUGACAGCCAGAAAAGUGUGUGCAAUCUUCUUCAUUGGGUUUCUUUGCAUUGCUUUGCUUUUGAGUUCAGGUCAAGCUGCGGAAACGAGGGUCUAUCAAGGGCCUUGUUCGGAUUUCCCAGACUGCAAUCGAACUUGCAUUGAAAGAAAAUUUCCUGAAGGUGGAAAAUGUGUUAAACCAGGCCGCGAUGUAAUUGUGUUUGAAGUCAAGCUGCGGAAACGAGGGUCUAUCAAGGGCCUUGUUCUGAUUUCCCAGACUGCAAUCGAACUUGCAUUGAAAGAAAAUUUCCUGAAGGUGGAAAAUGUGUUAAACCAGGCCGCGGUGCGCCUCUUGCUUGCUGCUGCAUAA